CACACACACAUAUACGUACUGUGUAUAUAAGAUUUCCUAGCUAAUACGUACUACGUAGUAUACUUUUAUACCUUAAUCAAUGAUUGGGUGGGAAAAUGUAUACAAUGUGGUCGUGGCGGUGAUGCCACUCUACGUGGCUCUGUUUCUUGGCUACGCCUCCGUGAAAUGGUGGCGCAUUUUUACGGCGGAGCAGUACGACGCCGUCAACCGCUUCGUCAGCUACUUCACCCUUCCCCUCUUCACCUUCGAGUUCACCGUCCAUGUCGACCCAUUCGCGAUGAACGGCAAGUUCGCCGCCGCUGACGCCGUCUCCAAGGCCAUCAUCUUCGCCGUUCUGGCGGCGUGGGCCCGGUGCAGCAGCAGCGGGACCCUCGGCCGCUUCAUCACCGCCUUUUCUCUCUCCACCCUAAACAACGGUCUCGUCAUAGGCGUGCCGCUGGUCAAAGCCAUGUACGGCCCGGCGGCGGUCGACCUGAUCGUCCAGUCGUCGGUUAUCCAGAGCGUUGUUUGGAUCACUCUGCUUCUGUUCGUCUUGGAGCUGUGGCGAACGAAGAAUGACCUUAACUCAGUUACGGCGUCCGUGGAUGGCGCCGUCGGAGAUUUGGAGGGAAAUGGGAAGAAGGCGGCGGCGGUGGCGGAGCGGCCUUCGUUAUGGCGGGUGAUGAGUGAUGUUUGCUUCAAAGUGGCUACUAAUCCUAACACGUAUGGAUGUGUUGGUGGGAUACUUUGGGCAUUUGUCUCUAAUAGGUGGCACAUCGGAAUGCCAAGCCUAAUUGAAGGUUCGGUACUUGUUCUGUCGAGGGCACACACUGGCGCUACCAUGUUUAGUAUGGGCUUAUUCAUGGCAUUGCAACAUAAAGUGAUAGCAUGCGGUGGGCGUUUGACGAUACUUGGGAUGGCGUUGAAGUUCAUAGCGGGCCCCGCUGCCAUGGCCCUAGCUUCUAUUGCGGUUGGCCUCCGCGGGAAUGCGUUGCGGGUUGCCAUAAUCCAGGCGACGUUACCACAAUCCAUCACCUCCUUCAUAUUUGCGGUACAAUAUGGGCUCCAUGCAAAUGUCCUUAGCACGGCAGUUAUUGUGGGGAUGAUCGUGUCGCUGCCGGUAUUAGUGAGCUAUUAUGCAGUAUUGGAGCUUUUGCCUAAUUAAUUUCAUCAUAUGAAAACAAAGUUCUUGAAAAUGCAUUUAAUCCCUAUAUUUUUGUCAUUGAUUUCAUUUUAGAUCCUCCUUUCAAAUUUGUUAGUUGUGGGUUUUUAGAGUAUUACAUGGAGCCUGUUUGGUAAUUCUGUUUUUCAAUUUAUCAGGCUUAUCAGUCAACUUUUUAACUAAACACGUAACUUUUGAUUUCGCGCUGAAUUGUGUAAUAUUAAGAAAAAGUAAGGUUAGGGUUACUUUGGUGACUGUAUUGGCUAAAGUUACUAAAACUGAUCAUUUUAGCUGUUUUUCAUAUAAUUUUUGCUUUAUUUUAUUAAUAAAAUAUAUUUAAAUAUAAUUUUUUCAUAAAUCAACACAAUCAAUCAAUACAGCUAUUUCAGCCAGAACUUCAUAAAUUUCAGCAGAGUCAGACGAUUCAACCGAUUUCAGUGUUACCAAAUGGGCUUGUAAUCUUAUAAUCAUUUCAAUGGUGUACGUAUGCAAUUUUCUGAUAUUGGUAAUUUAUUUCAUAAUUUAUUUAAAUUUCACCUAUAAUAUUGUAAUCCCCCACCCCCUGAAAUGUUGUGAAAUCUUUUGGAAAAAAAUACCUUUUUAUUGCACAAAAUUCAAUUAAUGAACAUUCUUUGUAUCUAAUAUUUUAU